AUGUCGCGUGCACAGCAGCCCUCGAUCCUGUCCUUCUUCCAGCCCAACAGCAAGCAGCAACCGCCAAAGUAUGCUGCUCCUCCGGCAUCACAGACCCAGCAGGAACAACCACUGCAGCAAGCGCCACCUCCUCCACCGCCGCCACCACCAGCACAGCCCGUCGCACCUAUGCUCCCAGCAUCACCAGUCACCGCCCUGCCGCCCUCGACGCCGUGCCCCCACCCCUCCGCGACAAUCGUGCCCGUGACUGAAGCCCACAUCCCCGCCCUGCGCCGCAUCAACGCCCUCCUCCUGCCCGUCAACUACACCGACAGCUUCUACAAGGCGAUCCUGGACCCGGCGCAGUCGGGCCUCUUCAGCCGCGCCAUCCUCUUCCGCGACGACGAUCCCGCCGCCGCCCCCAAGGUCGUCGGCGGCCUGGUCUGCCGCCUCGAGCCCAGCCCCUUCGAUCCGGCCACCGGCGCCUACUCGCCCGACCUGGCCCGCCGCGCCCACGCCCGCGUGAGCCCGCCCGAUUCCCGCGUCCUCUACGUCCAGAGCCUGGGCCUGCUGGCGCCCUACCGGGGGCUGGGGCUUGCUGCUGCCGCUAUCGAGGACGUUCUCGACGCCGCGCACACCGUCGCCGCCGACCACCGCGGCAACGGGCUCAAUAUCCGGUGGGUCUACGCGCACGUGUGGACCGAGAACACUGACGGGCUGCAGUGGUACGCGCGCCGCGGGUUCGAGACGGACACGAGGCUCGAGGGCUACUACUUCAAGCUGCAGCCGGGCAGCGCAUGGGUCAUGAAGCGGCGGGUGCUGCCCGCCGGAGGGGACGGAGAGGAGCAGGACUGCCGCGCGUGGAGCGUCGCAAAUGGAAGUGCCGCGCAGCAGCUACAGCAGCCCUCCGCCGUCCCGCCGAGCGUCACGGCCGCGGCUGUGAACCUGCCCGGGUUCUCUCCCGCGAACGGGGCGCCCAUGCCACCGCCGGCUGCGAACGGCCCUCCGCCAGCUCGCCCCGGCCCGCCGGCGUCGUCCUUGUCCUUCCAGAACAAACGGCCGGACAUGGAAUGGAACGACCUGCCAGAGGACAUGGUGGCGACAUCACGGAGCUCGUCCAGGAGUAAGGACCUCCUCUCUCCGCCGACGGGGUCGACCUCGAGCUCGAGGAGCAGCUCGGCGAUGGGGCGCAAGAAGAAGGACAGGUCGUACCCAACCGCCGCAUUCGGGAGCUGA